UGCGGCACCGCCGCCACCGCCGGCUCCGCCACCGCCACCCGCCGCUGUCAGCGGCUUCCCCCGGCGGGAGGAGAGAGCCCGGAGAGCACUUUUCCCCCGACUUUAGGAGUGUUUGUGGAUUUACAUGCCAAGCCUUCAAGAUGAUGUCCAUGAACAGCAAACAGCCUCAUUUUGCCAUGCAUCCCACCCUACCUGAGCACAAAUACCCCUCUCUACACUCCAGCUCGGAAGCAAUAAGAAGAGCAUGUCUACCAACUCCACCGCUGCAGAGCAAUAUCUUCGCCAGCCUCGAUGAGACCCUGCUGGCGCGGGCCGAGGCUCUGGCCGCCGUCGACAUCGCCGUGUCGCAGGGCAAGAGCCACCCGUUCAAGCCCGAUGCCACGUACCACACCAUGAACAGCGUGCCCUGCACCUCCACCUCCACCGUGCCCCUGGCGCACCACCACCACCACCACCACCACCAUCACCAGGCGCUGGAGCCCGGCGACCUCCUCGACCACAUCACCUCCCCCUCCCUUGCGCUCAUGCCCGGCGGAGGCGGCGGCGGAGGCGGCGGCGGCGGCGGCCACGACGGGGCGGGCGGCGGAGGCGGCGGGGCCGGCGGCGGCGGGGGCGGCGGCGGCAGCGGCGGGGGCGGCGGCGGCCUCAUCUCCACUUCGGCCCACCCGCACUCGCACAUGCACGGCCUGGGCCACCUCUCGCACCCGGCCGCCAUGAACAUGCCGUCGGGGCUGCCGCACCCGGGGCUGGUGGCCGCGCACCACGGCGCCGCGGGGCAGGUGGCCUCGGCGGCGGCCGUGGUGGGGGCGGCCGGGCUGGCCUCCAUCUGCGACUCGGACACGGACCCGCGAGAGCUGGAGGCCUUCGCCGAGCGCUUCAAGCAGCGCCGCAUCAAGCUGGGGGUGACCCAGGCCGACGUGGGCUCCGCGCUGGCCAACCUGAAGAUCCCGGGCGUGGGGUCCCUCAGCCAGAGCACCAUCUGCCGCUUCGAGUCCCUCACCCUCUCCCACAACAACAUGAUCGCCCUCAAGCCCAUCCUGCAGGCCUGGCUGGAGGAGGCCGAGGGCGCCCAGCGGGAAAAAAUGAACAAGCCCGAGCUCUUCAAUGGGGGCGAGAAGAAGCGCAAGCGGACUUCCAUCGCCGCCCCGGAGAAGCGCUCGCUGGAGGCGUACUUCGCCGUCCAGCCCCGGCCCUCCUCCGAGAAGAUCGCCGCCAUCGCCGAGAAAUUGGACCUCAAAAAGAACGUGGUGCGGGUUUGGUUUUGCAACCAGAGACAGAAGCAGAAACGGAUGAAAUUUUCCGCCACCUACUAGGGGCGGACGGGAGGGGCGGCCCCGGCAUCGGGGGCACCGGGGGGGCCGGGCCGGGGCCGCGGGGGACGC